CGUGACCUGUAUGUCUUUUUUAACGUAUGCAGUAUUUAUUCCGACUAAACAUCAGCAGAGGAGGCGUGGAAAGAAGAGAAAAGUGUGAAAUUAUCAAAGAAAAGUGAUUGAUAUUAAACAAUUCUUGGUAAUUAUAAGGUUGAAGGAAUUCUUCUAAAAAGAACAAAAUGACUUCAAGGAAGAAGGUUCUAUUGAAGGUCAUUAUCCUAGGAGACAGCGGUGUUGGCAAAACUUCGCUUAUGAACCAGUAUGUCAACAAGAAGUUUAGCAACCAGUACAAGGCCACUAUCGGUGCAGACUUCCUCACAAAAGAAGUCAUGGUAGAGGAUAGACUUGUCACAAUGCAGAUAUGGGACACAGCCGGCCAGGAAAGAUUCCAGAGCCUUGGUGUCGCGUUUUACCGUGGCGCUGACUGCUGCGUACUGGUCUUUGAUGUAACCAAUCAGAAUUCCUUCAAGUCGCUGGACAGCUGGCGUGACGAGUUCUUGAUCCAGGCCAGUCCAAGGGAUCCGGAGAAUUUCCCUUUCGUUGUACUAGGCAACAAGAUUGACAUGGAGAGUAGACAAGUUUCAACCAAACGGGCACAGAACUGGUGCAGCAGCAAGAACAGCAUCCCUUACUUCGAGACGAGCGCCAAGGAAUCCAUUAACGUCGAGCAGGCCUUCCAGACAAUAGCCAAGAACGCCCUCGCACAAGAACCCGAGACAGACAUGUACAAUGAUUUCCCCAGUCAGAUAAAACUCACCGACGACAACAAACAGGAUAAGUCGGGCUGCUCGUGUUGAGGCUCUUAGAAAGUACCCCCCCCCCUUUCUAGAUUCCGAAGAGCACUCUUUGCACCUAGGCUCUUGCACAGGUGUUAGGGUGGUGUAUAAUUGACUCAUCCGGGGACUUGGAGAGGCUUUGGCUUUUUUUUUAAUGGAAAGAUCUAACAUCUGGUGUGGAAUUCCGACUUUCGAAAUCUGCCACAUUGGUCCAGGUACUUCAAGUUGAUAUCAUGAUUUGAGAAUCUUUAACCCUAACUCCGUAAUCAGUUUUCCCAAAUAUACAAAAUGCUCCCCUCAAAAGUGACUUGCCACCAAAAUGUCUGUACUUGGAUGGUAUUGGUGCCUGGCCUCAUGCUUAGAUGGGGGGGGGGGGGUGUUAAGAACCUCUCAAUCCAUCAAAUGAAGGGUUUUUCGGUUGUUUGGGUUAAAUGAAAAACAAAACAAAAAACGAGACAAUAAGAAUGCAUGUGCCAUUUGAAUUGUUGUGAUAAAGCUCUUGCCAUGAUAUAAACUUUUGCCUGGAUGACAUUCUUCUGUCAAAAAAAAAAAAUUAAAAAAAUGAAAGAGGGACAGGACUAAAUUGCAAAGCCUUUGACUUUCCCUGUUUGUGACUCGGUGAUUUUUCUUUUUUGUACUCUGCAUUGAACCAGACUCAAAAUCUGUAAAUUUUAACCCUUAAAAUGGUGAAUGAUUUUAAAUUCUUUGCACUUGCUGCACCAUUGAGCGAGACCUAGGACUCCAAACCAACCCCAAACGAAACAAUCUUACCCCAACUAGCAGUUAUCAAUGCAAGGAGCCAUCACACCUGUGGAGUAAGGUAACGAGGUAGUGCAACAUCAAGCAACCUGUUACUAGGGGUAAAUGGGAUAACCGCAUUCUACCCUGGAAAACUCCAGGAUUACACAAGAUAGAACCCAACUCAACAGCUAUCGCAUAUCUUGUACAAUUAAUUACAUGCGAUAGCUCAGUGCAUGGCCACAAAUUUAUCAGAGGGUGACUUUUUCAAAUGUGGACUCCAAUCUGGUUCUGGCUCACACAAUCUCUCCCUGGAGAUUUCCCAUUUGUGACUGAAGGAAAUUCUCUUUGCUUAUAAGCGAAUUCUCAGGAAAUGUUGACUAAGCUCACAGCUUUAGGCCAUUUUGAGGGGGCCUCCGUGCCCCUGCUAGGUGCCUCUAUGCCCCUGCAAGGUGCCUCUUUGCUCUGCAAGUUGCUUCCAUUGCCCUGCAAGGUGCCUCUAUGCCCUUGCAAGGUGCCUUCAGCAUGCCCCCUGGUCAUUACCUUGGUGCCCUUCGAAAUGUACCAAGGACUGCCGAGCCCUUUACAACAACUGCAUAUCAGUCAUGUAGUCUGCCCACAAAAAAAGAGCCCAGAACGGGCGAUUGGAAGAGGCUCAAGGUUUUACAAUCCAAGGUAUCGGUCAUUGGUGCAACAAACAUAUCGCCUCAAUCUUCAAAUGAAUGUUUUUCCAUUGUAAAACCACGCUGACUAUGGUUUGUGUUCAUCAAUUGUAAAUCAGUCACAGCAGUGUACAAAUAUUGACGGCUAAAAAGACAAUGUAGCAUUUUGAACGUCGUAUUUGAUUUGUGUUUAUUCCCUCCCCCAUUGACUGUUUAGUUUUGUCCUGGACAGCAUACGUUGGCAUAGAUCAGUGUUAUAGGUUUUCAGGAAUGAGUUUAGUGUCGGUCCUGCUAUCAAACUUCCGGGUCGUGACUGAAAACUGAAGGUAAAUAUUUGCACAUUUAUCAAAAUCAUUGUUAAAAGAUUAUUGCUAUGUGUGUGUGUGUUUUUAUUAUCAAAAAGACACCUCUGUUCCUGUGGCAGUAGCAGAUGAUUUUUUUUUUCAUUUAAAUUUUUUAUUUGAGA